AUGUCAACUCAUUCGUCAUCUACAUCUUCAAAUACUACUGGUCCAAGUCGGUUUCGCAGUGAUGCUGCCAGUUUCUUACCAAGUCAACAUCCUAGUUCAUAUCAUCAUCAGCAACAACAACAGCCAGCGCUACCACCGCAACAACAACAGCAUACUCAACCCCACCAUACACAACCCAAUCAAUAUUACACCCCGCAACCCCAUAUGCAACAACAUAUUCAACCCCAUCCACAACAACAUAUGUAUAUGCAAUAUGCAAAUACUCAAUAUCCAAUGAUGAUGAGUUAUAAUCCAAUGUAUGUGCCGGUAUAUGUUGAUAAUCCAUAUUAUCCGACACAACAAUAUGGAAUUCCAGUACAACCACAACCAAUUCCAUUCACUCAACCAAAUCCUUAUAACAAUCAACGCAAGAGUAUCAAUAAUACUUAUAACAAACGACCAAGUCAAACGCAUAUGAAAUAUACUCCAGCUAAUGCAAAACCAAAUGGUAAUAUAAUAAAACCAACUAAUAUAGAAUAUUCUUCUUCACUGUCUCCUAUACCCAAGAAAGAUGAAUUGUCAACUCCUACUUCCACAUCAUGUACUACUUCUACAUUAAGUACUCCUGCAACUACUCCUGCCAAAACUAUUGCAACUACCACUAAUGAUCACCAUGAAACUAAUGACUCUAAUGAACAGCAAAAGCAACAACAACAGCAACCACCGCAAAUACAAAUCAAAUAUCCUAUAUUUAUUAAUACAGAUCUUAAUGCAUUUAUCAAUCAAUUUGAUGUGACUCAUAGAUUCCAUGAUCAUGACAAGAAAAAUAGAAUACUAAACAAUUUACAAACAACUGCUACUAAUAGACUAAUAUUUAAUACUCCUUUAAUAAAAGCGUUUGACUUCAAUUCCAAUAGUACCACGACCACUGAUGGUGGAGUAAGACAAUUAUUGAAGACAAUCACUCCACUGACUCCAGAACCUACCGAAUCCGUCACCAGCCAUGCAUCUACAAUCGCCACCCCUGCAUCUAAAACUGCCACCCCUUCAAUAAUACAGCAUGAAAAACAACCAGAUCAAAAGGAAGAGACGAAGGAACAACAACAACUAUCACCACAACCACAAAAACAACAACAACCACAACCAGCAAAUUGGGCGUCAUUUUUACAAACAUCUGCCCGUUCUACACCCGACAUUGCCAAACCUGCCAAACCAACCAAAAUGGCUUCCCCUGCCACCCCAUUAAAAUCAACUACACCAAUACCAACUUCAACAGCUUCUUCAUCAGUUACUGAUUUCAACAUGAAUAAUGAAUCUGCUCAACCAUUAGGUGUAUUAUUAUUAAGAGUCAUGUUUGAUCCUAAUUAUUCGGUCUUAAAUUCCGAAUUACCAAUCUAUUCAAUCAAACCUCGUGGAUUAAUUAAUACUGGUAAUAUAUGUUAUAUGAAUUCAAUUUUACAAAUCUUAUUACAUUGUGAACCAUUUAAUCGAUUAUUAAAAUUAAUUGAAAAUAAAUCAAUUGGAUCAUUAGGUGGGAAUUCCACUACACCAUUAUUGGAUGCAACUAUUAAAUUUUUUAAUGAAUUUACAAAUUCCAAUGAAAAUCUAGUUCCUGAAGGUGUUGUUACUUCUAAAUUACCAGCGAUUUCUCCAAAAGAUUUUUAUGAUAAAUUAGUAUCACAACCGAAAUUUCUGCAUUUACAAUGGGGACAACAAGAAGAUGCUGAAGAAUUUUUGGGAUAUUAUUUAGAUGGAUUAAAUGAAGAAUUCUUAGAAUCAAUUAAAAGAUUAACUACUCCCAUGGUUGAUUCAUUAAUUCAAUCAUAUUCAAUUGAUAAUAUAGCUGAAUUGACUAAUAAAUUUAAAUAUAAUGUGAAAAUUACUAUGAAAAAAGUCAAGAAUGACUUGAAAGAUGAUGAAAAUCAAGUUGAUGGUGGUACUGGUGAUGGUGAAUGGAAUGAAGUUGGUGCUAAUAAAAAAAUUCAUGUCAAACGUACAGUUGAAGUAGAUCCAACCCCGAUAAAUAUGAUAUUUGGAGGACAAUUCAAAUCAGUAUUAACAAUCCCCAAAUCAUCAUCAAAUCAAUAUCAAAAAUCAAUAACAUUAGAUCCAUUCCAACAUGUUCAAUUAGAUAUUAGUAAAAGUGAUACUAUUGAAGAAGCAUUUAAACAUUUGAAUGAAUUAGAACAAAUUAGUUAUAAAUCAAAUAAUAAUAAAGAAGUCCAAAUUAAAAAACAAACAUUUAUUGAUAAAUUACCCGAGAUUUUAAUUAUUCAUUUAAAAAGAUUUAGUUAUACCAAAGAUCAAGAUAUUCAAAUUGAAAAAUUAAGGAAAAAAAUUGAUUAUAAUCAUGAUUUAAUAAUACCUAAAGAUAUCUUAUCGUCUCAUAAUGAAAUUGAGGAAUUUAAAUAUAGAUUAAUUGCAGUUGUAUAUCAUCAUGGAAGUAGUGCAGAUGCUGGUCAUUAUACCAGUGAUAUAUAUAAAGGAAAUGAAGAAUGGUGGAGAAUUGAUGAUACGUUAUUGAAAAAGAUUACUAAUGAAGAAGUAUUAAAUGCUGGUACUGAAGAAAAUAUUAAGAAUGCUUAUAUUUUAUUAUAUCAAAAGAUUCAAAAUUGA